AUGUCAGAGCUUCAUGAGCAGUUUGACUACGUCGUAGUCGGUGGCGGAACCGCGGGUCUGGUCAUAGCCUCGCGACUGAGCGAAGACCCCGAGGUCAGCGUGCUUGUGUUGGAGGCCGGUCCCGACAACUCCAGCGACCCUUUUGUCUUGACGCCAGGUCUUGUCGCGGCGCAAUACGGACAAGAGAAAUAUGACUGGAACUUUAGUUCAGAGCCUCAGCCGAAUUUGAACAACAGGAGGAUCAACCAGGCGCGAGGACGUCAGCUUGGUGGCUCCUCGGCCCUCAACUUCAACAUGUUGCUGUACCCUUCGCAAGCCAAUAUUGAUGCCUGGGAAAAGCUCGGCAACGCUGGCUGGUCCUACAAUGACUUGCUUCCUUAUUUCAAAAAGUUCAGCACCACCCAUGUGCCCCCUGCUUCGGCACUGGAGAACUCGGACAUGGAGAGAUAUCACGACAACUCUCUCAAUGGAAACGGACCACUUCACGUCUCUUAUGGUGAGGGUUUCACCAAGGCUUUCAACGGUGCCUGGAUGGACACUUUCAGCACCCUCGGCCUGCAGAACAAGGCAGACCCCAGAACCGGAAAGGCUCUGGGUGCCUUCCAGAACCCGUCUACUAUUGACCCGAGCACCAAGACGAGGAGCUUUGCCGCUACAGCAUACUUGACCCCUGAUGUCCGCCAAAGAUCGAACUUGACGAUCCGCUGCAGCACAGUGGUCGACAAGAUCUUGUUGGAGCAGAGAGGGGACACAGUUGCAGCUACUGGUGUAGCAAUCUCGGUGGAUGGCAAGACGCAACACAUUGGAGCCCGCUCCGAAGUCAUAUUGGCGGCCGGUGCUCUCCAAAGCCCGCAGAUUCUGGAGCUGUCAGGAAUCGGCGACGCCUCCUUGCUCAAGAAGCACGGCAUCCCCGUGGUGAUUGACAGCCCCAACGUGGGAGAGAACCUGCAGGACCACGCCAUUGUCGUGCAGAGCUUCGAGGUGGCCGACGGCGUCCCCUCUGGGGACGUGCUCCGGGACCCGGCCGUCCUCAACGCCCUGAUCCAGCUCUACAGCACCUCGGGCGGAGAGGGACCCCUCGGACAGAGCACCAUUAGCGUCGCGUACAGCCCGUGGUCCAACGGCGCCGGCCCGCUGUCCGCCGAGAGCAAAAAGGCCCUGCUGGACGCGCACCUGCCCGCGUCCGACCCCCGGACCACGGACUCGGCGCUCGCCGUCCGCGCCAUCAUUGAGAACCCCAGCGAGCCCGCCGUGGAGUACCUCCUCUUCCCGUCCCAGGUCACCAUCAACCAGGAGCCGGUCAACAUGGCCGAGAUCAUUACGCCCUCGCGGCCCGAAAACUACAUUACCGUCAUGACCAUGCUGAACCACCCCUUUUCGCGCGGUUCCGUCCACAUCACCUCGGCCGACGUACACACCAAGCCGUCGUGGGACCCCAAGUACAUGUCUCACCCCUUGGACAUGCAAGUCCUCGCGCAAAACGUCGAGUUCGUUGAGCGCAUCGUCUCCACGGAACCCUUUAGCGCCAUCCUCAAGCAGGGCGGCAAGCGCGCGCCCGAGACGGUGGCGACCGACUUUGAAAAGGCCAAGGAGAUUGUUCGCAGCAACCAAAUCUCCGUGUUUCACGUGUCGGGCAGCUGCUCCAUGUUGCCCCGGGAGCAGGGUGGUGUUGUCGACGGCCGGCUGCGGGUGUACGGCACCAGCAACCUGCGCAUUGUCGAUGCCAGUGUCUUCCCGCUCGAGCCAUUGGGAAAUAUCCAGGCUACCGUGUAUGCUGUCGCUGAAAAGGCUGCGGAUUUCAUCAAGGAGGAUCGCAAGAGUGCUACUGUCUAA